AUGCUGGGGAUCGCGCCUUUAUGCGCUCACCGGGCGACCUCCGUGCGUAGUGUUAUUACCGCGGCACGACCUGAAUUUCAAUACAGAGCGCGCUGUGGCGGCUCCGAGGGGCGGCUCGCUCACUCGUCCCUCCCCGCUGCAUCGACACGCGAGCACAAGGGAUGCCGCCUCUCGGCAUGCGCGGCCUCUAAGCCGUCCGUUUUCUCUACCAGUGCUCCCCCGCGGCGGCGCGGAGCGAACGCGACACGAAGGCGUUUGUCUCUGUACGCAGAGCCGGGGCCCUUGGCUGCGGAGACGCUUUUGCCGGGGCAUGCAUUGUCUUGCGACUCGCUGUGGAGGCGCCUGCAGAUUCUGCGCACUCGUAGCUUCGCAACGAAGAGGCAGCGACUAGACGAGUACGACUGUUACGAGAAAACCCUCGAUCCACGCCGCGUUCCCGCUAGCUUUGGCCGCAUCCCCAUUCACCUCCAGUCUGCAGGGGAACUGCGGGAUAGUGUCAAGACCGCAGGCUGCCUGCGCCUCUCGAACCCGAAUUUCUGGCUGCGGUGCAGCUCGGCUGUGCGAGACGUGGCAGAAGGCUACAGGGCAAGGGAAAUCGUCGCAAUCCUCAACGCAUACGCCAAAGCGGGUUACCGCGAUGUCUCCCUGUUCCACCACUUGGCGAGACUCCUUGCGCUGCAGGCUACAGACUGCCGCGCGUCGGAUCUUGCCGUGGCGCUUCAGGCGUUUGCGCGACUCAACAUCCCCAACAAGUCUUUUUUUGACCUCCUGGCGCUCCAGUGCAUCAGCAAGGCCGACGAACUAGGCCCGCGUGGCAUCGCCACCGUUGCCGCUGCCUACGGAGGGAUGCAACAUCCCCAGCAUCAGCUUUUCAGCACCCUUGCACAGCACGUCCAGGCUCGGGCGGAGGCUUUCUGCAGCAUAGACCUCAGUCAGCUGCUGUGGGGAUGUGCGAGGGUCGCCUUCCAUAACGCCCCUAUGCUGGACUGCUGCGCAGAUCAUCUCGUCCAGCGACUGCCCACCUGCACCGUCCUAGAGGCUUUGACUGCUGCCGAAGCCUUCGCGACUCUCCGCUUCUACAGAGCUGACUUCGUGGCUGCGUCGAGUGCCUUCUUCAGAGGCAAGCUGCCCAGCAUACCGGUGCGCAGCCUCCCACGCCUCUUGAGGACCUUCACCACGUUCGACAAGCUCGCGCGGCCUGAAGAUUCGCGUCUAGACGGGCAGAUCGUGAAGGAGGAUGCGGCUCCCCCCCUGUCAGCUAAUGCUGCACUCUACAGGGCGGCUUUGCCUGCACUGGCGCGGCAUGCCUUGUGUUUCUCUGUCAGCGAAUUGUCUGCGGUGGACUGGGCCCUGCGGUCAGUAGGACUUCGCCACGAUCUGCUGACGCGGGUGCUGCAACAGCUCUUGCAGCAACAGACUGCCGAACUGUCUGCUCCGCAGUGCGCAGAGAUGCUGCAGCAGGCAGCAGCGCAAGAACUAGACGGUACUGACCAGGCAGCGGCUGCCGCUGUUGCAGCCCUCCUAGAGCCCCCAAACACACUGCUAUCCGAACUGCCUCCCGCGGCAGUUAUAAGGACUCUGGAUGCUCUUGAGAGGCUUCAGUGCCACGAGGAACUAGCCCUUUGUGCGCGUCUGUUGUUUGGAGAGCACGCGAUUGAUGAUACCGCCGCUCCCAGCAGCAGUGAAAGCGUGUUGAAGGAGCCGGAGCUCCUCGUGGCACAGCGCAUCCUUCUUUCAGUAUUUCCUUCGGAAGACAUCGCAGAAUUAUUCGUUGCAUCUUACCGGGACGGCUGCCUCAAGAAGACCGUGCAAGUGGGGCAUGGCUCUUCCGCGUGCGAAGAUCUCGGAACCCCCCGGGAGGCGCCAGUCGGCGGUGGCACUGGCUGCGAUAUACAGUGCACAAUGGACAGCGCAGAUGCGUUGCUGAUAGAGGGGUUUGAGGCAAGGGCAAAGGCACUCUAUGCUCGCCUCUCUGCUGCUGCUGCCACAGCCUCUGGCGAUGCGUUGGUGCGGACGCUCUGUCGAUACCCCGCAGAUGCAGGCGCGGGUCUGUGGCUCUCCUUGCUGAUGAAGGGGCGCAUGGCUGCAGCGGACCCCGAGUGCCUCCCGGCUCUCCUGAUGACACUGGCGCGCCUGCAGGCGGAGAAGGCAGAGGAGGAGGAGGAAAUGGAUGGUUUCGAUGCUGGACUGGGGAUCUCCAGUAGCUGUUUCACAGGCCUCGCCGCCUCUGCGACGGACGGAGGUGGAAGCUCGUGCGCGUCUGGCGCGCCGGUGUGUUGUUGGCUAGGGCAUACUGGGGGGCGAGCUUUGGCUAGCCAGCCUUUGAGAAGCCGAAGCUGCUUCAGUCUGUGUGCUGUGGCUGCGCAGGCCCCUCCAGACGUCGGUAAAGCAGACUCUUUAGAAUUCGCAGUGCGGGGAGGAGGCCACUUCCCUCCGCUGCCCUCCGCUGAGCAGCUCUCUCGCCGUUUCUGUCAUGUAGCUCGCUACCUAAUGGAGUCCACCUCUUUGGGAGCAGCACCCAUGGGAGGCGCAUCUGGGGCAGCCUCAGCUGCUAGGAGUCUCCCUGUGGCUCCCAACGCUGGGGAUCGCCUCUUUCAGCGUCUCUCCAUUGUUGCGGCAGCCACUGCAGCAGACGCUCUCCGGCACCAUCCUCAAACUGAUGUGGCACGUCGCUAUGCAGAGGAUCUCUGCGGCCUCAUCUGCUGGCGCUUGCAGAGGGUCUGUCUGCGUGCCCCUUCCCUUGCUUUCGCUUGUUUCUCGGCUUUCUUAAGGCCUGCUUUUGCGCUCGAUAACACACGACGGCGGCGAUGGACGCUAAUCAAGUCGAAAAAAUGCGCUGCUGCUGUUGUUGCUGUUGCUUUUGCUGCUGCUCUUUGUGCACUGCAGGACGGGUGUCUGAGGAAAGAAGAAGAGAAGCGCGAGAGCCUCGAAGGCGCAUUCGUCCGAAAGGAGGCAAAGUGCCUGGCCCGUGUGCUUCAAACCCUUGUGGCGGUGGGGGCCGCCAUCCCUCUGGAUUUGCUGCAGCACCUCGCACCCCGUCUCUGGUGUCUGGGGGGACGUGAUGUACUAUCCGUUCUGCGUCUUCUCCCGCCAGCACCCAUAGAUACCGCCCUCAGACAUCAACUCGCGAGGGCAGUCGAUCUCCGCUUCAGAGAUCUUAAGAGCUGGCGGCAGCUCCGAGAACUACGGGAGCUUUGUGCAACCUUGCAGCUGGAAGUUGAUGAAGACAUUGCUGAGCGCGUGGCUAGUGUACCUCUGUAUCAGGCGGCGGAUGAGGAGGAAGACAUUCCCACAGUUGCCGACGCUAUGGCUGACACAGAGGAAGCUGAGCAGACAGACACUGCUGGGCAACAAGGGUCCUGCUCAGGGUGA